GAUGGUACCGAAAAAUCGAAAAUGGCAAAGAAAGGAAUUUGUCUGAACAGAGAGUCGAGAGGCGGGAUUGCGACAUUUGCCAUUCUCUCUCUCUCUCUCUCCCCCCCCCCCUCGAAACGGAAUCUGGUGGCGGCGGCGGGGGCGGUCUUAUUUUAGGCCGUCUAGCUCGAACAUACGCGUCUCUCUGUCUGGCUCUUUCGCAAGCUCUGCUUUUUGUCCUUCUGUUGAAAUAUAGCUCAAAUUCCAACUUAUUGAAAAAUUCUCGUCCACGAAACGAUUUCUGUCUCUGGCUUUCUCUGGCUGCAAGUAACUGCUUCAGGAUUCUGUUUGUCGUUUCUUUUUUGCACCCGUUAUUUCUCCUUCUUCCUCCGCUUAUUGUUUGGUCCGGUUGGGGUGGUCGCGAAAGCUGACGACAAAAUGAUGUCGUGAGAAUCCAUCUCUCAUGGCUUUUUAUCUGAAUUAGCUUCAAAACCCCCCACCACCACCGACUUGAGCUUCAAAACUUUCUCGUCAUCUUCCAUCUUAUUAAGCCGUCAAAGUCAACUUUUCCGUCCUUGUCUGUCUGUCUCUUUAAUUCUCUUUUCUAUUCUUUGUUUUUUUUCCUCCCGUGGGCGGUGUUCAAAGGUUUGGUCUUGCUUGCAGCUACAUAUACAUGUUUUUUCCUCCUUCUAGCUCCUCAUUUCAUUUUUUCUAACAGUUCCCAAUUCUGGGUCAAUGGUCUUUGGGACAAAUCACGCAGAGGUCGUAUUUUAAUUGGUUUACGUCGGUCAUCUUGUCAUGUUUUCAGGCACGAAAGAUGGGUUGUGAUUAUUUGGAUUGCUGGAGGGUUGCAAAUGCUAAAGCUCCAAUUUUUCACCUUCCCCAUUGGUGGGACUUUCACGAUGAGAAGAAUUUUGUUUUUGUCUGGUCAAAUAAUUGAAAGGCCAUUCCAAGUUGUCUUCCAAAGGGUUUAGCCCAAUUUCAUUGGAAUAGUUCUCUUGUACCAUUCUGAUACAAAGGAAUUUGCUCUGUUUGAUGAUGGAUUCGGAGAAAACUGAGGGAGUUGGUGGUGUGAAGGAAGAGGGAAUUAUGGUCGCAAAGGGGAAGGGGAGUGGGAGUUUGAGCAGCAAAGAAUUGUAUCUGAGAGCGGACAAGUUUGAUCUGAAAAGCUUGGACAUACAGCUUGAGAAGCAUCUAAGCAGGGUUUGGUCGAGAAGCAUUGAGAACCAGAAGCCUAAAGAAGAGUGGGAGAUUGAUUUGGCAAAGUUGGACAUCCGAUAUGUCUUUGCUCAUGGUACCUAUGGUACUGUCUACAGGGGCACCUAUGAUGGCCAGGAUGUUGCAGUGAAGUUGUUGGACUGGGGAGAUGAUGCUGUCGCAACAUUGGCUGAAACUGCUGCCUUGCGGGCAUCAUUUCGGCAAGAAGUUGCUGUAUGGCACAAGCUUGACCAUCCUAAUGUUACCAAAUUUGUUGGAGCAUCAAUGGGGACUUCCAAUCUUAAGAUUCCAUCAAAAACCCCUUCAAACGAGCCUCAGAGUUCACUUCCGGCUAGAGCUUGCUGUGUGGUCGUAGAGUAUCUUCCCGGUGGGACCUUAAAACAGUACCUGAUAAGGAAUAGGCGAAAGAAACUUCCCUUCAAAAUUGUUAUCCAGCUAGCUUUAGAUCUUUCCAGAGGUUUGAGCUAUCUGCAUUCAAAGAAGAUUGUACAUCGGGAUGUCAAAACGGAAAACAUGCUGUUGGAUGGCCACACAACACUAAAAAUUGCUGAUUUUGGCGUUGCGCGUGUUGAAGCUCAAAAUCCAAGUGAUAUGACCGGUGAAACCGGUACUCUUGGUUACAUGGCUCCUGAGGUUCUUGAUGGUAAGCCAUAUAACAGAAGAUGUGACGUCUAUAGCUUCGGCAUAUGCUUAUGGGAAACUUAUUGCUGCGAUAUGCCGUAUCCUGAUCUAAGUUUUGCUGAUGUGUCAUCUGCUGUGGUUCGUCAGAACUUGCGACCUGAAAUCCCGAGAUGCUGUCCCAGUUCUUUGGUGAACAUCAUGCGUAAGUGCUGGGACAGAAAUCCAGAGAAGCGUCCCGAAAUGGAGGAUGUGGUUAGGAUGCUGGAAGCGAUAGAUACAAGCAAAGGAGGAGGUAUGAUACCAGAAGAUCAGGCUCCGAGUUGUAUCUGUUUCGGUCCUGCCCGAGGGCCCUGAUGUCGGUUCGGCGAUCCACAACUGAAUCACCCUUUAGAGCAAGGCUGAAGAUUUUUUUUUUCCGGGAGGAAUCUGUGACGAGUACUCGAAUGAAUGUGCAAUUGCGUGACUUUGGUACUUGAUGAUCCUUUGAAUCUUACUAUAUUCUCGAAACUCUCGUCUGUAUAGUUCUGGCCCAUCCGGCAGGUCAUCGAUGAUUUGUCGAAGAGAAAGUGAUAGCAGGCGCAGAAAAUGCGUGCGUAGCUUCAUAAGAAUAGGC